UUCCCAGAGAGAGAGAGAGAGGGAGACUUAUAGCAUCAGCAUAUCAUUAUCAAUCAAGUGGGAAAAAAUAAACAAGGACAUCAAGAUCUGCCUCUUCUCCUCCAACAACAACCACUGACUGGAAUUAACUCUCAUCGGGGAUUUCAUUCACCAAGAGGAUCCUUCUGCUGAGGAUUACUUUCACUGUAAAACUUUUUUUUCUGUCAAAAACUUGUGCCUCGUAUGGAAAACUAGAGAGGCAGAAGAAAAGGCGCACCAAAAGGAAAAAAGUUUCUUCAUCUUCUUCAUCUUCAUCUCCUGCGCGUCAAGAGUUCACCUUGACUGAGACAUAAGGGAACACUUUCUCCAUGAUUGUUUGAGUGUUGGAGCUUUCACUGCUUGUUGAAGGGCUGUCAACACAAUGGGACGCCUGUGUCUCCUCCUGGUUGUCACCGUCUCUUCUCUACUAACCUGCCAGGUUUCAUGCUCCGGAGUGUUUGAGCUGAAGCUGCAGGAGUUCCUCAACAAGAAGGGGAUUCAGGGCAACUCCAACUGCUGCCCAUCUGGAGGCUCUGCACAACACCAGCAGUGCGAGUGCAAGACUUUCUUUCGGGUUUGUCUGAAGCAUUACCAAACCAAUGUGUCCCCGGAGCCUCCUUGCACCUACGGCGGCGCUGUGACGCCCGUCCUCGGAUCCAACUCCUUCCAGGUGCCUGAGACCAACGCGGACAGCUUCACCAACCCAAUCCACUUCCCUUUCGCAUUCACAUGGCCGGGGACGUUUUCACUGAUCAUUGAAGCCCUGCACACUGACUCCCUGGACGACCUGACAACAGACAACCCGGAGCGUCUGAUCAGCAGGGUCACCACCCAGCGUCACCUCACCGUUGGAGAAGAGUGGUCCAAGGACGUGCAGACAGCCGGCGGCAGAACUGAGCUGCGUUACUCUUACCGCUUCAUGUGUGACGAGCACUACUACGGCGACGGCUGCUCUGUCUUCUGCCGGCCCAGAGACGACGCUUUUGGGCACUUCUCCUGCGGCGAGCGCGGGGAGAUCAUAUGCAACUCUGGCUGGAAGGGGCAGUACUGCACUGAACCAAUCUGUCUUCCUGGCUGUGAUGAAGAACACGGCUUCUGUGAUAAACCUGCAGAGUGCAAGUGUCGCGUUGGCUUCAGUGGGCGUUACUGUGACGACUGUAUCCGUUACCCAGGCUGCCUCCACGGCACCUGCCAACAGCCGUGGCAGUGUAACUGCCAGGAGGGAUGGGGCGGGCUCUUCUGCAACCAGGAUCUGAACUACUGCACACAUCAUAAGCCCUGCCUUAAUGGAGCCACCUGCACCAACACUGGCCAGGGCAGCUACACUUGCUCAUGUCUGCCCGGAUACACAGGCGCCGGCUGUGAGAUCCAGGUCAACGAAUGUUCUGGAAACCCGUGUCGCCACGGAGGCAGCUGCACUGACAACGAUAACGGCUAUAAGUGCACCUGCCCACCUGGCUUCUAUGGCAACAACUGCGAGUUAAGUGCCAAUACCUGUGCAGAUGGGCCUUGCUUCAAUGGCGGACGCUGCGCCGACAACCCUGAAGGUGGCUACUUCUGUCAGUGCCCGAUGGGAUACGCUGGUUUCAACUGCGAGAAGAAGAUCGACCACUGCUCCUCCAACCCCUGUUUAAACGGUGCAGAAUGUGUGGAUCUGGUGAACUCUUACCUCUGUCAGUGUCCUGAGGGGUUUUCAGGUCCUAACUGUGAGGACAGCAGCAGCAGCAUCUCUGGAUACUGUCUGUCCUUCCCGUGUCAGAACGGCGGGACGUGUCAGGAGGCAGAGAGCGGUUACACCUGUACCUGCCCUCCAGGAUAUACUGGCGAAAACUGCAGUUCCCCCAUCUCCCGCUGCCAUCACAGCCCCUGCCACAACGGAGCCACCUGCCACGAGCGCGGCGGUCGCUAUGUGUGCGCCUGUGUGCCCGGCUACGGCGGUCACAACUGCCAGUUCCUCUUACCAGAGGUUCCCAGGGGUCAGCCGGUGGUGGACGGACCAGAUCGGCGAUAUUCUUCCCCAGGAGAUGAAAACGUUGAAGACGAAGAGGACGACGACGGCGGAUUCCCCUGGACGGCCGUGUGCGCCGGCGUCUUCCUCGUUCUCGUGAUCUUGAUCGGCUGCUCGGUGCUGGUGGUCUACAUUCGGGUCAAACUGCAGGAGAGGCACAGUCACCACGGCGACAGUGUCCACAGCGACAGCCACGAGACCAUGAACAACCUGACGACCACCAACAAUUGUCUCCGCAGUGACAAGGAGGUGGGCGCUAUGAUGACGACGACGACGUCAAUUAAAAACACCAACAAGAAGGUGGAUUACCAUUCGGACCUCGCCGGGUCGCUGGGUGGUCUGAGUGGAAUCAGCGGGCUCAACGGAUCAGAGAAGAACGGCUUUAAGACUCGCUACCCCAGCGUGGAGUACAACCUGGUCCACGAGCUCCGGCCUGAGGAGCUGUUGCUGUGUAAAGAAGAGGAGCGUGAAGAGCCAGAGGUUAAAUGUGAAAUGCUGGAUGAGUUUGACUCGGAGGAAAGAUACAGGAAGAGACAAAAAAGUGACGCUUCAGAAAUGAAACAAGUAGAAGAGUCACCGAGCUGCAGCGAAGCAAAAUAUCAGUCAUCCAGCGAAUUGAACAAUCACGCAGCAAGUGAUCUUAAAUACCAGUCAACCAGUGAUGUUGAAUACCACAGUCCAGUGACAGCAGGUACCAGUGUACCAACAACGCCAAAUACCAGUCCGUCUACGUCAUGUCGGACCAGAAAGACGAAUGUAUCAUUGCCACAGAGGUAUGAUACCAGUCCAGACCAGAUCAGACCAGUUUCCUGUGGUUAAUGGCGGUCCACACACACCAGCCCUGAGCAGUAGAGCUCAGCUUGUCUCCGGGAGGUUUUACUCCUGCUGUUUGCUGCUGUUCCCUGGGAUUUACCGGAGGACUUUGAGCCAAGGUGCUACUGAGCCAGCGCGGAGUCAGCACCGACUUGGCAAGGACUUUAGUACUACAGUAGUACUACGGGUGAAUACUUGACAUUUGUGACCUGCGAUGGAUGUCAGGUCUAAUGCUGACUCAGUGGAUGAAGUACCAGAAGACUAGCACUAGUAAAGAAACAGUGCUGAGCGAGUACUCGUGCAGCAGUGGAAGAUGUACUGCUCGUACCAGGAUGGAGUAUUGACUUGGAUGUUGACCGAUGAUAUUGUAGUACCGUGGAGUACUGGUUGAAUGAACAGUGUAGUACCUUUUGGAGUACUGAGAACUUUUGAAGUACUGUUGUAGUACUGUUACGUGCUGUGGUUUUACAAUGCAGUGUAAAAGCUGUUGUGGAUAUUGGACAGUUCAUGUUGUGUGCAGUGCUGCAGAGUAAAGGAUGUAGUAACAUUAGUACUGCAGCUGCUAGUCUAUUUAUUGUUAAGAAUUCAUUCAAUUGGAGCUUUUCCUGACAAAAAAAAACCCAAAUUAAAAUCAGAGGGACUUCUGCAGCAACUGUACGUCUUUAGCUCUGCAGCACUGACGAAGACAGUGUCGGCUGAGCUGGUUCUCAGCAGGAAAUAGAGAACUGGAGACUCCAGUAGUGACUGCAGAUCGAUCCAACAUGGAUCCUGUUGGGCCAUACUGGCCCCCUGACCCCUGAAGGUUGUGAUACACAGGGCAAUGUUUUGGGCAGGGCGACUUAGGAAACACAACAAUCAAACAAAGGAAGAGACAGUGAAACAAGGAAGUGUAAUUAUUUGAUUACAUAAUGUUUUCCUUUGGCCACAAUUUGUUGAUUAAAAACACCCUAAAGAAGUACAAAAUCCUCCUCUGAUGACACUGUUGUGUUUCCAAGUAAGCCAAGCUAUAAAGGACUAGUCUUAACUGCCAUUGCACUAUGGAGGUGUGCGUGUGUGUGUGUGUAUGAGUGUGAGGAUACCUGUGUGUGGUGUCUAAUGUAUGCACUGCCCACUCCCGCUCCCUUCACCCCCAGUCUUCCACUAUUAGCCAAUUGAAGGACACCAUCACCCCGCCUGCCGUUGGUUAGGAUCAUCUGUUUUUAUUAUGUUAUUUGUUAUCUAAAGAAAAGAUGUAUUCUUUUAAUUUAAUUAUGUAAUUAUUUGUGUUCCAUCUCGUUGUGAUUUUUGUUAAACCUGUUAUAAUUUAAGUUUUUUAUUUGGCAGAUAAUGUAUGUAUGUAAAGUAUGUAUGUAUGCAUGUAUGUGUUAGGCACUUGAGACCCCUGUGACUGUGUUUGUAUUUAAGAGAAGAGUCGUAUGUACAGAGCCUGUCAUUUUUAUUACUGGAAAACAGCGCAAUAUUUUUCCACAAAUAAAA